AUGCCAAGAGUAGUCAUAGUUUUGGGAACAAGACCAGAAGCUAUCAAAUGUGCUCCACUAAUUUCACAUCUCAAGUCAAACCAUCACUCUGAAUUGGAGGUGAUUGUGUUGAGUACUGGUCAACAUAGUGAGAUUUUAAAGCAAACUCUUGGUGUAUUUCAUCAACAUGUGGACAUUGACUUGAAGUUAAUGACUCCCAAUCAAAGCAUCUCCUCUUUCUUCACACUUGCCUUCCAAAAGAUUAGUUUAGAAUUUGAAAAGCAAGGGCCAAUCUCCAUGGUGUUGGUUCAAGGCGACACAACUACAUCUCUUGUUGCUGCCCUUGCAGCCAGUUAUUUAAAGAUACCAGUUGGACAUGUAGAAGCUGGAUUGAGAUCUUAUGAUUUCAAUAGUCCAUUCCCAGAGGAGUUGAAUCGUAAAGUGAUUGACUCGUUUGCCAGUCUCUUGUUCGCUCCAACAGAAUUUUCUAAAGCAGCUCUUGUUAGAGAAGGCAUCUGUCCACAGCAUGUGCAUGUCACUGGUAACACUGGUAUUGAUUCGUUCUAUUCCUUAAAGUCUCUCCCACCAAAAAUAAUUCCAGAGUUGCUUCAAAACAUCAGAAGUUUUAAAACCAAGCAUGUUGAUGCGACUACAUCUUCACAUCGAACUGUAAUUCUUGUUACCAUGCACAGAAGAGAGAACAUUCCACACUUUAAAGAGAUGUGUAAUGCCAUCAAAACAAUUUCCAACACAUUUGGUAAGAACGUCAUGGUCAUUCUACCUGUUCAUCCAAAUCCAAAUGCUAAGAGUGUAGUACAUGAAGUGUUAUCUUCUUUGGAUAAUGUCCAACUAGUUGAUCCAAUUGCCUAUGACAUCUUUCCACAUGUCAUUAGUGAAGCUGACAUUGUGGUUACUGACUCUGGUGGCAUUCAAGAGGAAUCAGCAAGUAUUGGAAAACCUGUUAUACUCAUGCGAGAUACAACUGAGAGACCAGAGGGAAUAUACAUUGGAACUAUUAAAAAGAUAGGUGUUAAUUAUCAUCACAUUGUGAAAGCCAUGACCGACGCAAUCAAGGAUUCACAAAAUUCGAAACUAAUUCUUUCAAAACACAUAUUUGGAGAUGGAAAAGCUAGCAUGAGAAUUUCAAAAAUUGUUCGUGAUUUUGUCACCUCCAAAUUACCAGAAUCUAGUGAAUGUUCCACUCAAUUCAUUCAAGAUUCAAUUGCAGAAAGUGUUUACUCUCAAAAUUUCUUACCAUUCGAAAGUAGAAAGAAGGAAUUAUUGGAAAGAUCAAAACCAAAAGAUCCACUCACCAUGCAAGAAUUAUUCGCAUUACCUAGCGCAUACACUCCAGCAACGAAGACCUCUGAUGAAUUUUCUGUCACUGUCGUUGUUGGUUUGUAUAAGAGAACAGGUCUAGUGAAGAGAUGGAUGCAAGCUCUCCUCUCACAAACUCAUCAACCUAAAGUAGUUUGGAUGGUCUUUUUUGCAUCGCCUAAAGCAGAGGAGAUUGAAAAUGAAAUACAAGAGGCCAAGUUACUUGCCACAUCCAAUAAUAUUUCACUCUUUAUCAAUAAGGGAGAAAUGCAGCUCAAAUAUUUUGGAAGAUUUCAACUUGCGCUACAAUCACCAACCAAGUAUAUUGCUGUUUUUGAUGAUGAUUGCAUUCCUGAGAAGAGAUUUUUAGAGGCAGCCAUUCACACUAUCAAUACCAAUAAUUACAGAGGAAUUCUUGGAACGAAAGGAACUCCAACAGCUGAGGAUUAUUUUUAUGGACCUGUCUCUGGUUCAGAACAGAUCAUUGAGGUGGAUGUUGUCGGUGGAAGUUGGUUCAUGGAGAGGGAGUGGGUUAAACUAUUGUUCAGAGAAAAGAUGUUCUCAUGGGCCACUGGAGAGGACUGGCAUCUAUGUUCCAAUGCAAGAAAGUACGCCAAUAUAAGAUGUUUCGUCAUGCCAGUUUCUCGAACACUAGAAACAAAUUCAUAUUCAGGUGAUUAUAUGCAAAUUAGUAAUAAUGGAGAUACAACUGGAAGAGUACAAGGCACCAGUGAAGCAAGAUCUCUUAUUAUUCAAAAGGAAACUCAGAGAGGUAAUAGAUUAAUGAACUCUUACCGAAAUAAUGAUCUGAGAACUGCUUUCGUUUUCCUGAGUAAUCAAAAUGAAGGAAGAACUAUUCUUAAAAUGUUAAGUAGUUUAGAGUUACCAUUCACUAUUCAAUAUAGCCUGGGAGUUGCCGAUCAAUCCAUUGCCCAAAUAGAUUCGGAUGAAUUAUCCAAGAUUACAAAAUUCAAGUCGUUCAAUGACUUCAUGUUGAGCAGAGAGUUUGAUACAGCUCAAACAAAUCUGAGCUCUGCAGCUGAAACCAUGUAUCACUUUGACAUGUCUAUCCAACAACAACAAGCAACAGCUGUUAUUCUAGUUGGAAGUUCGCCAACACCAAGCACAUUAGCUGUUGCCACUGCAUGUCAGAUUAACAAGAUUCCUGUCAUUAACUUUGUACUAACUGAGAAAUCAAACAAGUUGGUAGAAUCAGUUUCAGUGUUGACUGUUCGUUCGACUCCAAUAGACGGAAAUUUGUUGGAUGAAACCAAGAGAAUACUAACAGAGACACUCACCAAAAUUUUUACUUGA